GCAUACACGACGAUGGAUAGCAUGCGGACGAGUCGGUGAAGCUGGCAAUGGGUGGUCUCGACACCUUCUCUGAUUUGGACAGACAUUAUGCUCCUCACCGUGAACACCUUCGGCGUGAACAAGAUUGGCCAACUAUUGAUCGAGUAUUUACUCUUCAGAUACUCCAUGUUUUGCCUACAAGAGACCACAUUUGCCAUCCAACCGCCAUCACGACACGUUUAUAUUUCAUAUUGAGUCGUCAUAUAUACAUGAGCAGUGUGAGCGAUGCCGAUGCGCUGCCAGACCGGCCAAUGCGAGGAAGGAAGAGUUAAUUCCUCCUCGGUGGUGCACUCUGACUUUCACCGCCUUUAAACACAUGGCGAAGUCCCACGCUUGACGGUCAUCGGUCGCUAUGACCUUGUGGUUCGAUGGCGGGCCUUGCUCUUAUUCACAUCCGCAGCGUAUACACACCGGUUCUUAUUUAGUAGUCACCCUGCCUUGAACGAAUCCGUCAGGGGGCUUUGUAUCAAGCCCCCUGACGGAUUCGUUUAAGGCAGGGUGACCCACAAUCUGCUA